AUAGGACCCUCGUCUCUCCCCGAGUCUUUCACGCUUACUCUCUUAAAUAUUCAGACUCAGCAGAUAUAUAAGAAAUGCCUCCUAGACGCGCUCCAUCCUCUGACUCCGUCGCUUCGCGCCCUGCCAGUCCACUCGUGGACGAUGACGACGAGCCAGUUUUCUUUGACUCCGUCGAUGAACUUCAGUCUCAUGGAAUCAACGUGCAAGACAUCCUGAAGCUCAAGUCUGCUGCAAUAAACACCGUCUCUGGUGUCAACAUGACAACGAGACGCCAGCUACUCAAAAUCAAGGGAAUGUCGGAAGCUAAAGUUGAGAAGAUCAAGGAAGCUGCACAUAAGAUUUUGGGUUCGUCAUUCGCCACGGGAGUCGAGGUUCAAGAAAAGCGCAAGCGAGUCAUCCAUAUCAGUACCGGGAGCAAGGCUGUGGAUACCAUCCUAGGAGGAGGCAUCACGUCUCAGUCGAUCACCGAAGUUUAUGGGGAGUUCAGAACGGGAAAGACCCAAAUGGCGCAUACUAUGAGCGUAGUGGCCCAGCUUCCGCCGGAUAUGGGAGGAGCGUCCGGAAAGGUGGCAUAUAUCGACACUGAAGGGACUUUCCGGCCCGACCGAAUCAGAUCCAUCGCGGACCGGUUUGGGGUCGACGGAAACAUGGCUCUUGAAAAUAUUCUAUACGCUCGGGCAUUCAACAGUGAACAUCAGAUGGAAUUGAUUAACGAAUGCUCCUCUCGCUUCGCGGAGGAUAAAGACUUUCGACUGCUGAUUGUCGACAGUAUCAUGGCUUUGUUUAGAACCGAUUACUCGGGCAGAGGAGAAUUGAGCGAAAGACAGCAAAAGCUCGCCCAAAUGCUAUCCAAGUUGACCAAGCUUUCGGAAGAAUACAAUAUUGCGAUCCUGCUGACGAACCAAGUGCAAUCUGACCCAGGAGCGACAAUGACAUUUGUGGCUGGUGGAGCAUUGAAGCCGAUUGGUGGCCAUAUUCUGUCACACGCAUCUGCAACUCGUAUGUUCCUCCGGAAAGGUCGCGCCGAAGAACGAGUAGCCAAGUUGGUGGACAGUCCCGACCGCCCUGAAUCUGAGGCCAGUUACAAGUUGGAUGAAGGUGGAUGGAUGGACGUGUGAAUGGUCAUAGUUUGCUAUAAUAUCAGUGGCCCGAUUCUGCAACCAAUGAAUAUAGAUCAGCUCGAAGCGUAGUCCCACAGUCACGAGAGCGACAGAUACCUGACACCGUACCAUGGCUACCAAAGUCGUUCAAGCGGCCACAAUCAAGGCUGCAUUGAAGCCACUUGCCCACCCAGUGGAUGCCUCCCGUGUCCGAUGGACAACAUCGCUUGGCGACCAAGCUGGCUUGACGAAAACCGGGAUACACCGCGCAUCGCUCCCCCCUGGACAAACAGGGACAGUCGAGCACUGGCAUGAAGGCGACGAUGAAUGGUGCUACAUCCUCAGUGGAAGUGGGCUCCUGCUCCAGGGGACGGAAGGCACAGACACUGAGCUCAGCGCGGGAGAUUUCGUUGGGUUCCCGGCAGGAUCAAAGACACCUCACGCGUUCCGAGCCGGAGACGAUGGAUUGGAAUAUCUAGUGGGUGGAAGCAGAGAACCACAGGAUAUUUGCCAUUAUCCGUCGCUGAACAAAGCGAUGCUCGUUGAUCGUGUUACUGGUGUGAGGACCGUGGUGGAUGAAGAGGAACUGCACAAGAGCUAACCGGUGGCUGAUGAUGCGAACCUUCGCAAACUUACAUCAAAAUUGUUACAGAAUUUGAACUUGUAAAGUGACCCGGACGAUUACUACUAGUAUAUACACCUAUUCCAACUGACUACCAGCAUGGGCC